CUUCAGCUGCAAGGAGACUUUUCGUUACAAUUUGAGGACUUGGACAAUGCGCUAUGUGAUUUAUCAGAUAUAGCUGAACUACCAAAGGGUCGUGCAAUCUUGCACAUAAAGUGGAAAGUGCCUGUCACUGUAAGUGAACUGUGUGACACUCAGUCUCUUGGAUCUAUAUCGUCUCUGGAUACGGCAAGUUUAGGUUCUCCGGGGCGGCCUUCAUCUGGCGCUUCACCUGACUUUUCGCCUGGCUGUUCACCUAGCCCUUCUACCAACCCUUCACCAGACCACCCAAAUGACCAAGAUGAAGCCUCACUGGAGGAACAGAGACUGCUUCUAGUGGAGGCAUCCAAGAAGGCAAGAUUAGAUGAGUCUCUCAUCAAAGAGAAAAUGGAUUUGACCUUCUCACUGAGGCGAAAGGAGGUUGUUGACAAACAGCCCAUGGUGCAAGAUUUGAAAGAUAGAUGGCCAGCUUUGUUCUUUAAAGACCAGAUUGGUGAGGAGUUUUUCCGUAUUACAAAUAAAGACUUAGUUGGAACAUUCAGAGCUGCAGUUGAAAAAUAUGCCCCCCUCCUGCUGAGAUUGUACCGAGCCCGAAAAACAGAGUUUGGCAAGGAUCUGAAUGAGAUACUGAGAAGGCUUGAUGAUGAGACUACCAACAUUGUAAGACACCGCGAGGAAGCAGCCAUGAAAGGACUUCCUGUGUUCCUACGUGAAGAUCCUAAUCAACUUUUCAAACAGUGUCUUGAAACUGAUUCAGAUGACGUGGCUGCCAAGGGAGUCUCUGUGGGAAUUCUGUAUGUCCUUGAGGACUGUGUGGCUGAAGCCUCAUCUCCCAAGAUUCAAAACAUCGCAGUCAUCUUGGAGGAAUCAAUAGCAGUAGAGGACCUUCCGGAUACUCCCACUGCCUUGGCCUACCUUCUUGGCCUCCUUUAUGCACUCAACAUUUCUUAUCCUAAGCACCUUAAGUACACCUUUGAAACACUUCAGAAGGUUUUCAUGGACAUUGACCCAAAAUGCUCUAACCGUGUGCGAUCCCUAAAGAAAAAGCUUGGUUUUGCCUAACAUUGCAAAAAAAAAAGUAAUGCUCAUAGUCAUCUCUGACUAAUUGCUGGCUAGUGACUGAAAAGUUUGUAGAAUGUUACAAACAUUGUUACAGUUACAGUCUUUGUUUCAGCUGGGAGGCUAGUAUUUGUGAAAUGUCACACCCAUUUGUAUUGUUCUCUUAGCAAAACAUAUAUACUGUAGGCUUACAAUGUGACAUUUGACAUGGAAUAUUUGCUAGGACAAUUUUUUUUACUGCAGAAUGUUCUUUGUUCUGUGAAGACUUCUGUGAAUUUAAAUACUGAUCAAGACCGAGAAAAUCAUUCUGAAAAGAGGCCUCUUUUCUGUAAUUUUCUUCAUCUAGGCUAAUAUUCUGUCUUGAUAAUUUGAAAAUAAAUUGUCUAAGUGUA